UCCUCCCUCCAACAAGUUYCAUCGGAAACUCUUUGCAAUCCGACACCAGAGAAUCGGAAUUAACUCCAGGUCAACUAUGUGAUUUCCGUUACGUCAUCAUACCCACUCCAGACCAUAGUCCUGUCUAUAUCACGACUACCCUACGAUCUGUAUUCUGUCUUUGAAUUUGUCAAACAACUGCCAUCCUAUUCGCUCUCGUUGUGCGUGCUUACCUACUGCAAUGGCUGGUGUUCUUCGAGUUGCCUUUAUUUUCAUAUUUGUCGUCCUUUGGACRUCGCCGACGUGUUUGGGAAGACGAAAGUCCUACCACGGGGAUCGACUACUUCGUGUUACACCAGGAAGCAAACCAGCUUUGAACCUUUUAAACGAGCUUCUUAAUGACGACAACAAAUAUCAAUUAGAUUUCUGGUCGUUCCCUUCGACUGWAUCCCGACCGGUUGACAUCCACGUACCAAGAGCAUCGUGUCGGUCUUUCGAACGACUUCUUAAGAAAAACAGAAUGAAAUAUGAAGUGCGCAUUCGUAACGUACAACGGCUUGUGAACAUGGAGCGACCUCAAACUAGACUUCGUGGUGGAAACUCUUUUGACAGUUCCUUYCAUUCAUAUCCUCGGAUUGUUGCUGAAAUGCGUCGACUGACCAGAAUCAACAACAGUAUUGCGCAUGUCAAGAGCAUUGGGAAGACGUACGAAGGACGAAACAUGUUUUUAAUAAGAAUCAGUGCAAAUAGAACAGCAAACAAACAUAAGCCAAUUAUAUUCUUAAACUGUGGUAUUCACAGUAGAGAAUGGAUAAGUAUCUCGACCUGCAUGUAUAUUAUAAGAAAGCUCGUCAAUGAUUACASCACAGACAGAACAGUAAGGCGAUUAGUCGAGAAACUUGAAUGGAUUAUUUUACCAGUUAUUAACGUGGAUGGAUACCAAUACACACGAGACAGGGAUCGUAUGUGGAGGAAAAACAAGAGUCCAAGUAAAGAYGGAUGCAUUGGUAUAGACUUGAACAGAAACUUUAACUACAACUGGGGAGGUGUUGGAUCAGCGCCUAACAAGCCAUGYAGUCCUAUWUAUCCYGGACCCAGGGGAUUYUCAGAACCAGAAAGCACUAAUGURGCUCGAUAUUUGUAUAAAAGACGUAAAAGACUUAAAGCGUACGUUGAUUUUCAUUCCUAUGGUCAACUAUGGAUGUCACCUUGGGGUUACAAGCCWCAGUUUCCUCCAAAUUACAAGAAACAGGCACUAGCAAUGAACAAAGUUGURAAAGCCAUCAAACACGUUCAUGGUACUGAGUUCAGUUACGGGCCAUCAUCCAUCAUGAUAUACCCCACAUCAGGCGACGCAACCGAUUGGACCUAUGGAGUUCUUGGGGUAACUCAUUCAUAUGGUGUUGAACUACGACCAGGUUUAAUGGACCUUUAUGGUUUUACACUACCACCAUCAUUUAUUGAACCAGUAGGAAAAGAGACCUAUCACGGAAUCAAAGCUCUUUCGUCUUUGCUUUGAAUUAUUACAUAAAGUUCAAAUAUGCUUUUCAAAGAAUGCUGCGAGAAUACUUGGAGUUUGUGCUUAAGAAUUGAGAGACAAUUCAGCGAUGAUUGGUGGAUAAUAACGAGACAUUUUCGGAUGGCGACGGCAUAUACCGCUGACUGAUAAUUUGUGGGCGGUUGAUCUUUUCGUAAUCCGCUGUACAUUGCUAUUAAGGGCGCAAUUAGAUUUUAAGUAUUAGUGUAAUUAUUUGAGAAUAUUUUCGUUGUGAUAUUUUAGUAAAAUCACCAACCAGCCAACUAUGUUGGUAAUAGCGCUCUUAGAAUUGAGAUUUUUGUAGAGAAAUUAUUCUUAAUUUGAUUAUAAAGUUUUAAUGUUUCCCAUGUUACCUUUCGGUCUUCUGCAUGCUUUUCCAGGUGUUGACUAUUUCAAUCGUUGAACUUAUUUAUGAGGCUAUAAGGAAUAAAUCGAUGACAGCAGUGUGAAUAUAGUUAGCGAUUAUUAGUAACUUUGUAAUAAGURUGGUUAAACAUGGGGCAUGGUGGAAAACAUCUUGAAGUCGAAUUAUAUAUAGAUAUAUUGAUGAUUUUCAUCUUGUUAACAUUAGUGUAGAUAAAUGAGCAUACAAAAAAUAUAUGUGGUCAC